AUGCAGGCGUGUCCAUCUCCGCGCGUGUCCAAGGCGUUCGUGCACCCGCUUUCGUCCCCGGUUCGCCCGCUGCACCACCAAGUCGCCGUAUUGGCGGCCGCAUUGCUGCUGCUGCUAUUGCUGGACAGUUGGUGGCAUUCGGGUCCGCUCCACUUCGAGGAGGUCGAGAAUGAGCACGAGCUGGACUUUUACCCGCCCGAGCUGCUGCAGAGCGCGCAGGAGAUCGACGACAGCGAGCGCCUGCACCUCGCGGUGCUGCACGAAGGCUGCAUGAAGCACCGCGAGAGCGUCAUUACCUCGGACUUCGGACGCAAUGGGGACAAGCUCAGCAGCGUCGGCCGGUUCCAACGGGACGACAAGCACCUGAGACAGAAGCUGGCGAACUGUCCCGACGUGGAGGUCUUCCUGCCGUCAGGGAUCAGAGGAGACGGCUACUGCGAAGACGCCAUGGGCUACGUCAAGUACCUGCAGGGCCGAGCGCUGCCUCGGUGGGUCUUGGACCUGGAGUUCCACGACGAGAAGACGGGCGAGAAGCUGACGUACCAUGACCUGUGCCCUAAGACGCCGUUGAUCUUCAUGAACCAUUUCUGGGACGGCGUGCCGGACAGCCCGUCGUGGCCCGCGAGCAAGCCCAUGUACCUCAUGCCGAACGUGGAGAUGUACGAGCUGGUGGCGGAGCACUACUGGCGCGCGGACGUCGUGCUGUGCAAGACGGCUAUCUGCGCGAGGCGCGUGCGGAUGUGGUACCAGCAGAAGGGCAACCCGCGCCACACGCGCGUCAUCUACACGAGGCACACGACGUCGGACGCGGCGCUGUACGCCAAGCACCAGCUCGGGGCCAAGGCGGACGCCCACGCCAAGAACUUCUCGAACGUGCACUUCGUCCACACCGCCGGCAAAAGCGUGUUCAAGGGCACGAACGCCGUGAUGGACUGCUGGCUGUCGCGCCCGGACUUGCCGCCCUUGGACGUCUACGUGGAUCAGAACAUCUACAACGAGUUCCUGCGGCACAAGUACGACGAGCCGAUCCGCGCGCAGCCCCAGGUGACGGUGCACACGGGGCGCGUGCCCGACAGCAUGUUCGGCAAGAUGAUGGUGGAGACGGCCUUCCUGCUGUGCACGAGCGUGCUGGAGGGCUACGGCCACUACAUCAACCAGGCGCGCGCGAACGCGGCGCUCAUCGUGACCACGGACGCGCCGCCCAUGAACGAGCUGCUGCCGGCCGAGUCGGCGGUGCUCGUGCCGCACCCGAGCACGACGGUGGACAAGCAGCUUCUGGGCGGCAACUUCGACGGCGAGCACGGCCUGGAGGGCGUCAAGGGCAUGGCCACGUACGUCAAGGGCGCCGAGGUCUGCGCCGCCGUGGACCGCAUCCUGGAGAUGACGCCCGAGCAGCGCCGCGCCAUGGGCGAGCGCGCGCGCAAGCAGUACGUGCUGGACACCCGCUUCUUCGCCGCGAGGAUGGCCGAGCUCCGCGCGCUCGCCCGCUCCGGCCACGCGCGCUGGUACCGACCAUAA